AUGCAGGUAGAAGCUAGGACGAGAAUAAGACAACAAAAGCUAAGGAUAACAUUCUUUGGCUACAUAUUUGUAUUGAUUUUCUUUGCUAUUCUACAAGUAAUAUCAAUUGUUUUCUUCAAACAGGGAUUUCUUUUAUCAAGAGAUGUUUCAUCAACCAUAUCAUAUUGUAAUGAUACGAUUGAUCCAUGUAUACAACCAACCAUAGAGAAAACGAUCUUUUUAGUUAUUGAUGCUUUAAGAUUUGAUUUUGUAAUACCCGUUGAAGGAUCUGAUAAACAUUAUCAUAAUAACUUUCCCAUUUUAUAUGAUUUGGCUCAAACUAAUCCAAAGAAAUCCACAUUAUUGAAAUUUAUUGCUGAUCCCCCAACAACAACAUUACAAAGAUUAAAAGGUUUGACCACAGGUUCAUUGCCAACUUUUAUAGAUGCUGGUUCAAAUUUUGAUGGUGAUGAAAUCGAUGAAGAUAAUUGGUUAUUGCAAUUAUAUAAUCAUAACAAAUCAAUAGCCUUCAUGGGUGAUGAUACUUGGGAGGCUUUAUUUAAGAAGUACAUUAAUCCAAAAUAUAAUUUCCCAUAUCCAUCAUUGAAUGUUUGGGAUAUAGAUACUGUUGAUAAUGGGGUUUUAGAACACAUUUAUCCAAUAAUGGAACAAAACGAUUGGGAUAUGAUUAUUGGUCAUUUCUUAGGUGUGGAUCAUAUUGGUCAUAGAUAUGGACCAAACCAUCAUUCAAUGAAAGAUAAAUUGAAUCAAAUGAAUGAUGAGAUCUCUAAAAUCAUUGAUAAAAUGGAUGAUAAAACUUUGUUGGUGGUAAUUGGUGAUCAUGGAAUGGAUUAUACGGGGAAUCAUGGAGGUGAUUCAAAAGAUGAAUUAGAAACUACCUUCUUCGCCUAUACAAAAAACAAGAAAUUCAACAUGAGUCCCAAAGGAAAAGAAAAAUAUGAUAUUUCCAACUUAGGAAGUAACUAUAGAUCAGUUAACCAAGUUGAUUUAGUACCAACUUUAUCUUUAUUACUAGGAAUUCCAAUCCCCCAUAAUAAUUUGGGAUUCCCUAUAGAUGAAAUGUUCAAAGAUUUAAAGAUUCCUUCAGUAAAGACCAUCGAACAGAUUAAUAGAUUCAGACAAUCGUCACCAAUUUUGAAAGAUACUUUGGGAAUGCCCGAAACAUUCACCAUUGAAUCAUCUAAAAGUUAUCAAUACCAAUCAUUAGAACAUUGUAAAACCUUAUGGGCCAGAUUUGAUAUGAAAUUCAUUGUUUUGGGGGUAAUACUUUUAUUUUUCUCCUUUGUAUUUAUAUUAGCUUAUUCAAGAUCAAUACCCUCAGUAAGAGUUUCUACCAUGUCAUUCGAAUUUAUUGGGUCUGUUAUAGCAAUGUCUCUAUUGGGGAUAGUAUUAAGUUUUUCAGUUUACAUAGUAUUGAUGCCUCAAAAUUUGACAUUGAAAAAUUGUAUUGGUAGCGGAGUUGCAAUCGGGAUGGUAAUUGGAUUUUGGGCACCUAUAAUGGACAGAUUCAGUAUUUUGUGGUUACUUCAUCAAAUAGUAGAUUUCUUUGUCUACAGUUUUAAUACUUGGUCAUUUAUGGGUCUUGCUUUCAUAGUUUUACAUUGUUUGAUCUUUGCAUCAAAUUCGUAUGUGAUCUGGGAAGAUAAAAUGAUUCAUUUUUUUAUCAUGACCUUCGGUGUGGGUACAUUUGUCUCCAUAUUAAAGAAUCCAACAAUUUCAACCAACGAGAAAAUUUUGGGAUUGAAUCAUUCUUUCACAUUCUUAUUCGUUUCAAGAUUAGUCUCAAUGAUUAAUUUGUGUAGAGAAGAACAAGGUGGAUUAUGUAAGCCUACAUUCGAAACAACUUGGUGGUCAAUUGUUUUAUUACAUGUGGUAUCAUUUUUAUUACCAUUAAUGAUCAAAUCGUUCUUCAAAUUAUCAAAUUCCUUCCAUUCAGCAGGACCUUUAUGGAUAAAUGGUAUGAAAUUUUUGUUAAUGUUAAAUGCAUUUUACUGGACAUUUGAAUAUGUUGAUAAUUUGAAUUAUUUCCAGAUUCCUUCAACUGUUUUUAAAUCAUUUAAAUUAUCUAUUGCUAGAAUUGUUUUGGUUAUAUCAUUAAUUUUGGCUAAUUAUUCCUGGUCAAGAGGGCCAUUAUGUGUUAAAAUCGACUUAUCAAGACCUGCACCACCUGAACAAACAAUCCCAGCAUCUCCUGAUGAAGAUGCCCCAGAAUUGAAACCAAAAGCUACCAUUUUAGGUUAUGGUAACAUUUAUGGAUCGUCAUACUUCUUAUUAGUGAUCAAUUUUUCCAUUGCAGUUAUGUUAGUUUCCAAACCUUUAGGAGCUGUUGCUAUUGCUGGAUUGUUAAUUCAAAUCUUAUCAUUCUUAGAAAUCAUUGAUUUAUUAAAUCUAAGAAGAAAUCUUGUUAGUCCUAUAAUAUUCGGAUUAUUAGGUUAUCAACAUUUCUUCAGUUCAGGUCAUCAAGCUACUAUCCCUUCAAUUCAUUGGGAUGUUGGAUUCAUGACUACUGAGAACAUCAUAUUCCCUAUAACCCACUUGAACAUUUUCCUCAACACUUUCGGCUCAUUCAUAAUCAUUUGUUUAAGUUUACCUUUAAUCACCUUGUGGAAAAUACCUCCAACAAAUAAACCAAUCACUGCAUUAUCUCAAAUAAUAACCGUCAUCACUUCCUUGAUAACUUAUCAAACAUUAAUCAGUUUAUCAAGUUUCAUUUUUACUGCCCAUUUUAGAAGACAUUUAAUGGUAUGGAAGAUUUUUGCACCCAGAUUUAUGCUCAAUGGAUUAUUAUUGGUGGUGAUCAAUGUGAUUUUAAUAUUCCUUUCAUUAUGGUUCGGUACAGGAAAGGUUCUUACUCAAGUUAAUAGAAUAUUCGGAAAAUAG